GCGACAAGAAACAUCGCAAACAUAUCACAGCAACAAUGGCCAAAUCCAAGACCCUGACUAAGAAGGCCGAGAAGGCGACCGAGGCGCCUCUCACCACCAAAACCACGAAUGGUACACCCUACCAGCUUGAUCCGUCGCAAGUCGAGCGCGCGGCGAAGGCGCUCGUUGCGCACAUGAAGAAGCAUGUCGAGGAAAAGCAGCAGGAGGCACCAAAGAAGAGCUUGGCGGCCGACGAGGACGAGGCGGAGGAGGUUGACGAGCCCAUCUUCCUCAGCCUGGCGACAAAAAAGCAGAUCGGCAACACUAAGAGCUUGAAGCCUGUAGCCAUCAAACUACCUCACCCCAUCAUCGCAAACGAUGUCCGGAUAUGCAUCUUCACCAAAGACCCCCAGAGAGCAUACAAAGACCUUGUCGCAUCUGACGCUUUCCCGGAAGCCCUUCGCGGAAAGGUGCAACGUGUGCUCGGCGUGGACAAGCUAAAGAAGCGAUACAAGGCAUUCGAGCAGAAGCGUGCACUCCUCGCUGAGUACGACGUUUUCAUGGUCGACGAUCGCGUAAUCAAGAUUGUCGCAGAAUGCCUAGGCAAAACCUUUUACAAGAGCAAGUCAAAGCGCCCGAUUCCGGUUCGUCUUACUGCGGGUGCAUACAUCGACAAGAGCGCAAAGAAGGACGCGAAGGAGCCACAAAACGUCGUUGGAACACCACAAGGUGUAGCAAAGGAGAUCGAGUCGGCUCUUCACUCGACCUACCUGAGCAUGAGCCCAUCCGCCAACACCUCUAUCAAGAUCGGCAACCUUUCCAUGACUUCUCAGCAGAUCGUUGAGAACACUGCCGCUGUUGUUUCCGAAGUUGUCAACAAGCACGUUGGCCAGGGCUGGCGCAACAUUCGCAGUUUGCAUGUCAAGGGUCCUGCGACCAAGGCUCUACCUAUCUGGCUCGCUGACGAGCUGUGGGCUGAGCCUGAGCAAGUUCGCGACGCACCAUACCAUGGUGCCAUCACAGAAGGCACGCCCAAGGGCAAGUCCGCAGAGCGCAAGAGGAAGUGGGAUGAGUGGGAGGAAGAGAUGCUCGACGACGAGGAGCUUGCCGCGAAGCAGGCCAGGAGAGAAGCUAAGAAGGCCAAGAAAACAGAGAAGAAGAGCUCAAUUAGCAAGGAGAAGCGCAAGGCCAUGAAGCAAGAUGCGCUCCAGUCGGUGCAGACACCAUUGAUCGCUGGUUGAGCUAUCCAUGGUGAGCAUCGUUGCAUGGCAUUGGCGUUCCGGUGUUCAAAAGAUCUAUUUGACGAUAUGGUAAUAUACCACUGGUCGGCAUCCACCAAUGCAGGCUCUUUGCAAUAUCAAGUUUUCUAUUCUGC